AGGACCAUUCAUGAAAAUAUAUUUAUUUUACCGUGUACAGGUUAAAACUUCAUCCCUGUCUCUGAUUUCUCCAACAACCAAAAAUGAACACAAACAAAGCAGAAGCUGAACGGUUACUGGAAAUAGGCGAAGAGCUUUUACAGAAACGAGAUCUGAAAGGUUCACGAGAAUUAGCAAUUCUCGUUCAAGAAACCGAGCCUCUUCUAGAAGGUUCCGACCAGAUCCUAGCAAUCGUCGACGUUCUGGAGGCAGCUGAAAAGCCUCUGAACCUCAACAACCACCACCUCGAUUGGUACGCGAUACUUCAAAUCGAUCGAAAUUCGCGAGAGUCGCACGAUCCGAAUCUCAUAAGGAAACAGUAUCGUACUCUGGCUCUUCUUCUUCAUCCUGAUAAGAAUCCGUUUUCAUUCGCCGAACUUGCUUUCAAGCUCGUUUCUGAUGCUUGGGCCGUUUUGUCUGACCCGGCCCAAAAGGCCCAAUAUGAUAGGGGGUUUGAAGUGGAGGAGAAUGGGUUGGUUAGUUUUUGGACUGCUUGUCCUUAUUGUUACUGUUUGUACGAGUAUGCUAGGGUUUAUGAGGGGUGUUGUUUGAUGUGUCAGAAUUGUGAUAAGUCCUUUUCUGCUGUUUCGAUUCCGACUCUUCCCCCGCUUGUUCCGGGGGAAGAAGCUUAUUAUGUUUCUUGGGGGAUGUUUCCGAUGGGGUUUGUGUUUGAGAGUUUGGAAAAUGGCGGCGGCGGUGGUGGUGAUGGUUCCGUUGAUAAGAGAAAGUGAUCGGUGGUUUUGUGUUUGUUUAAUGGUGUUUGUUGUUUUAUUUAAUAGAGUAAAAAUUCUGUCAAAAUAAAAAAAUAGAGUAAAAAUAAUACUUGGACCGGAAGGGGAAAAAAGUUGGUUAAUAAUAUUUGUAUUGUAGUGGCAAUGAAUAAAACAGGAGAAUGUGAUUUAAUUGAAGAAUGUGAUAAUACUAUUACAUUGUUGUAAUUUU